AUGGGCCCACCAACAGUCCCCGAAAUCAACCGGUACCGCACUCAUCACGGCGCAAACAUUGGCUCCGUGUUUGUGCUCGAGCGAUGGCUGUUCCCGGGAAUGUUCCUCGACACGGCAAAGGGCGGCAGCGAGCUCUCCGCCGUGAGCGCAUGGGUGGAGGCCCACGGAAUAGAAUCCGCACGGGCCAAAUGGGAAGAGCACUGGGCUUCCGCGAUGACACCCGCCGACUGGGUGUUCCUGCGGGACACAGCGAAGGUCACCUCCGUCCGGCUGCCCAUUGGCUGGUUCACGCUCGGCCCGCACUACUGCGGUGGCACCGCGUUCGAGCCGUAUGCGGCCGUGUACGAGAAUGCGUGGAUGUGGGUGCGCCGGUACGUGCAGGCGGCAGCCGAGCACGGCAUCGGUGUGCUCUUGGAUCUGCACGCGCUUCCCGGUGGCGCAAACACGGAUGAGCAUUCCGGCACUGAUUCGAAAAAAAGUGAGUUCUGGGAGAAUGAUUGGUUCCGGCAGCGCGCGACAGAGGUGCUGGUGGCUAUCUCGAGGGCCGUCGCACAGGAUCCCAUCAUGAAGGUCUGGGUUAUCGGACUGCAGCUGGUCAAUGAGGCCAUCACUGGCGCUGGUGAUCGCGGAAUGUGGACUUGGUACGAUGGUACGCUCGGUGCAAUUGCGGCAAUCGACUCGACAUUGCCGGUCUAUCUCAGCGAUGCGUGGAACAGUGUUCCUGCCCUCGAUUACGCUGUGGGCAAGAACAACGCCCGCCGUAGCAACCCGCUCAUCUCUCCUCCCUUGGUAAUCGACAUCCACAAAUACUACUGCUUCGACGCGUACAACAAGAACCGCUCGCCGGCGGAGAUCAUCGCGACAAUCGCCAAAGAAGGCAGCGACAUCGCCAGCUACAACGACAAGGAAGUGGGCACUGUGAUCGGCGAGUACAGCUGCGUGCUCGACGGCGAGUCGUGGGCCAAAGUCUCGGCGGAGGCACGGCCCGACCUCGUGCGGCAAUUCGGCAUCGCGCAGUCGCAGCGCUGGGAGCAAACGCUGAAGCCGGUCAACGGCGGCGCCUUCUUCUGGACCGCGAAGAUGGCGUGGAUGGACGGCGGCGAAUGGGGCUUCGUCGAGCAGAGCCGCAAGGGCAACGUCGUCCCACCCGUCGGCCUCACGCUGGCCGAGCAGCGAGUCGCCGAGAUCGCCGCGGAGGCGAAGCGCGAGCAGGCGAGAAUCAGAACUAUCGCUAUCGAGGAACACGCGGAGUACUGGAACCAGAACGCCCCCGGACAGAACAUGGAGCACUACCGGUUCGCGGCGGGAUACGAUGUCGGGUUCUGGGAUGCUCUGACGUUUUGGGAGUCCGCGAGGAAGGGCGCCACGAUUGGUUUCGUCAACCUAUGGUCGGGAAAGAGGCUCAGGGAACAUGUGGCCGAAACGGCGGGUUUCGGAAGUCAGUUCCUGUGGGAGUUUGAACACGGCUUCAAGAGGGGCCUGAAGGAUAUGGAGAGCUUCAUUAAGUAG